AUGCCGCUUGUGAGGAAGAGGGCGAAGAGCGACCCGGGGGAGCUGAAGCAGGAGCCCCAUGCGGCAGCUCUGAAACUGAGCUCGAGGAAGAACUCGCAGGCGAGGAUGGUGCUGCGGGAGACUCAGCAGGAGGACGAGGGCGUUUGCUCGAAGCAGGAGCUGUCCCCCGAAGGCAUCUCGUUGAGCUUCAAGGGUGCGAUCCGCGCCUUCGAUGCGCAGAGGAGGAGGAAGGAACAGUUCGAGCAGUCCGGGGAGGUAGAGGAAGUCUCUUGUACGGCGCGAAGCUCCGAUGGAAGCGUCGAGGUGGGAAAGGGGAGCACUACGCUGCUGUCGGAUGAUGCAUUCAGAGAAGAGAAAACUAGCCAAGAGGGAGAGGUGGAGGAAACCUGGGAGGAAGAGGAGGAGGAAGACCCAUACGCGUGGAGGAAGGGCGAGAAUCAGGUCAGGGUGAAGUUCAUGACUGAUCAAGAGAUUAUGGCACGAUAUGGUGUGGGGCUGCCGAUCUAUGGGACGCGGAGGAAAUUUGACUUGUCGCCGCUGGAGGAGUUCUUCAACGGAGACGGACAAGAGAAGGAAGAGGGAAGGGAAGGGAAAGGCGAGGGGGAAUGGGAAGGGAGCGAAGAGAGAAUGGAAGGUGAGGUGGGGAUGGAGGGUUGA